AAGAAGAGGAACAACAACAACAACAACAACAACAACAACAAGAGGAACCAGACCCUGACCCAGAACAGUUUGUACUGCAGAGUCCUUCUCUUUAGGAGCCAUGGAGGGGGUUCCCUGUGCAGACCAGGAUCAGAACCACCCAGACGAACCAGAGCCAACUGAUCCAGAUCCAACUGAUCCAGAUCCUCCUCCAACUGAUCCAGAUCCAACUGAUCCAGAUCCUCCUCCAACUGAUCCAGUUCCAACUGAUCAACACAACCCGAAAUACCUGAUAGAACCAGAUCCACUUCCUGCUGAAGACCCACUAGAACCAGAUCCACUUCCUGCUGAAGACCCACUAGAACCAGAUCCUCUUCCUGCUGAAGACCCACUACAACCAGAUCCACUUCCUGCUGAAGACCCACUAGAACCAGAUCCACUUAGCGCAGAUAUAAUGAAACCAGAUGACAAUAAACCAGCUGACUCUCAGGAACUUGGCCCAGCAGACCAGAACCCUAAAGAGGACUCACCUGUUUACAUUUCAACCUUCACGCUCCAGAUCUCUGAGUCCGGAGACCGGCAGGAUCACGAGGACCACCUGGACCAGCAGUAUCCAGCUCCAGAGAAACCCCCUCCAACAACUCCUGAGGACCACCAGAACCACCAGGACAACCAGAACCACCAGAACCCUCAGGAUCCAUCUCCAGAGAAACCCCCUUCAACAACCCCUGAGUACCCCCAGAACCACCAGGACCUUCAGGACCUUCAGAACCACCAGAACCACCAGGACCACCAGAACCCUCAGGACCUUCAGGAACACCAGGACCACCAGAACCCUCAGGACCUUCAGGACCUUCAAAACCACCAGAACCACCAGGACCACCAGAACCCCCAGGACCUUCAGGAUCUAGCCUCCCUAUCUAACGGGGCCCCUCCUGCCCCCCCCAGGCUGUGUGGGUUCCUUCAGAAGCAGGGGGGGCCCCUGAGGGCCUGGAAGCAGCGCUGGUUCAGGUACGAGGAGAGCAGGAAUCAGCUGUUCUACUACCGGACCCCCCAGGACGUGGCCCCGCUGGGCCGGGUCCCGCUCUGCAGGGCCUCCUUCAGCUACCCUCUGCAAGGGGGGGGCACCUUCCACAUCCAGACCCCCGAGCGCACCUUCAUCCUCAAGGCAGGGUCCCAGCAGCUGAUGCUCUAUUGGCUGCAGCAGCUUCAGGGGAGGCGUUGGCAGCACAGACAGACGUCAUGUGACCCGCCCUCAGCCAACCACACUGCAGACCACUUCCUGCCGGUGCAGAGCCCGGGGUGGGGGGUGGAGGCAACAUGGCCACCGCUCACCAACAUGUCGCUCAAACACCCGCUCAUCCACCUCCAAAACUCAGUCCACAGCCUUCGUAAGAGGUCGUCUCAGGAGUGCAGUCAGAGUGUGUUUCAUGUAGAAGCUGCUCCACCCUGGACCCCCCCGACCCCCGCAGACCCCAACAGCACCACAGCCCCCAUGACUCCCACUGUGCCUCUGGCCCUGCCCCCUCCCCUCUCAUUGGCUGAGGCAGGUCAGGUGACCCGGGCGGAGCGCAGGGAUUCGUCCUCUCUGUUGGACAGCUGGAGCAGGAGGACCAAGAGGAGCAGCUCGUCACAGCGCCUCCUACAGGAGAAAGAGGCGCUGCAGGAGGAGGUCAUAGCGCAGAAGGAGCUGGUGUGGAUCCUGCACAGGGCCCUGGAGGCCUUUCAGCUGGAGAAGAGGAGCUGUGCAGAGUUCCUGGCUGCGUCGGGGGAGCAGGAGCGCAUGGAGCUGCUGCAGCACAGAGAGCGGCAUGCGGCGGAGCUGCAGGAACAGCUGCAGGAGGCCAGGGGGGGGCAGGAGGACCUCAGGAACAGCCUGCAGCUCAGAGACGCUGAGGUGGCAGCGCUGCAGGACGACAUCCGGAGACUGACGGAGAGGAACAACACCAAGCAGGAGGUGAUCAUGAAGCUGUGUGAUCAGCUGACUUCCUGUUUGUCCUCUGGCGGGCGUUCAGACUCCCAGAGCCUCACACAGCUGCAGCAGGAAGUGGAGAACCUGAAGGACGACAUGGAGGCCUAUAGGACUCAGAACUGCUUCCUGAACUCAGAACUCUACCAGCUGACUCGCCUGUGGAGGACCAGCUCCCAGCAGGAGACCAGCCUGAUGCUGAAGUGCUCCCACCUGGAGGCGCGGCUCUGCCAGGUGGAGAGUCGAUACCUGGGCGUCCUCAGGCAGCUGCAGGAGAACAAAGCUCUGGAGCCGGCCCAGCAGGGGGCCGUGCAGAAGAUGAUCGAGGACGCUCUGAAGGGGGGGCUGAAGGGCGUCAUCAGGCUGGACAUGGCCAGAGAUCACGAUGAGUACGGCUUCCAGAUCGUCCCUGAAUAUGAAGUCGAGGACAUGAAACUGCUCGCUAAGAUCCAGGCGCUGGAGAUCCGCUCCCACAACCUGCUGAACCAGGAUGGGGCAGACCGGCCUCUGAUUGGUCGCUGGGCCCAGUUCCUCGCCGGCAGGUCCAGCGAUGACCUCUGUGCCUCCCCGGAGCUCAAAGGCCUGCUGCGGGGGGGUGUCCCACGGGAGUACCGGCAGCAGGUCUGGACCUGGCUGGUCCGGGCCAGAACCAGGAGCGCCAGGGAGCGCCACCCACAGCGCUACCAGCAGCUUUGUGAGAAAAGCGAUGCGUCUCCUCGUCCCGCCUCCAGACAGAUCCAGCUGGACCUCCAUCGCACCCUGACCACCAAUCAGCACUUCUCCUCACCCUCUAGCCCCGCCGUCCAGCAGCUGCGCCGUGUCCUAUUGGCCUUCUCCUGGCAGAACCCUGCCAUUGGCUACUGCCAGGGCCUCAACAGGCUGGCGGGUCUGGCCCUGCUGGUCCUUCAGAGUGAGGAGGAGGCAUUCUGGUGUCUGGUGGCCGUGGUGGAGAACAUCCUGCCUCCGGAUUAUUAUACCAAGCAGCUGCUGGCCUCACAGGCGGAUCAGCGCGUCCUGAAGGACUUCCUGUCAGAGAAGCUCCCUCGUCUCUCUGCUCACCUGCAGCUUCACAGCGUGGACGUGUCUCUGGUCUGCUUCAACUGGUUCCUGGUGGUGUUCGUUGAGAGUCUGCCCAGCGACCUGCUGCUGAGGCUGUGGGACGCCUUCCUGUACGAGGGCAGCAAGGUGGUGUUCAGGUACGCUCUGGCUCUGUUCAAAUACAAAGAGGACGACAUCCUGAAGAUCCAGGACGGCGUGGAGAUCCACCAGUACCUGCGCUUCUUCACCAAGACCAUCACCGACGGCAGGCGGCUGACCAGCAUAGCGUUCAGCGACAUGAACCCGUUCCCCGGCCGGCUGCUGAGGAACCGGAGGGUUCUCCAUCUGCAGCGUCUCCAGGCGGAGCUGCAGGACCUGGAGGACCAGCAGGAAGAGUUCCUGACGGAGAACUUGACGGAGAACCGGAGGGACGACAAGGAGCUGGAUGUCAGCGAGGACGAAUUCUGAGUCAUGGAGUUCUUAACUUUGAGAGACUUUCAGGGGUUAUCUCUUAAUGACGAGUGUUAGCACGUAGCUAACACAUGCUAUUAAAGGAAACCUAUUAU